AUGAGCUGGUCAAGUCCUUUCCGCGCCCGCGACGGGUGUCUGACGCCACGAUCGCGAGUCUUCCUCUACUUGGGACUAGCAGGAACACUCCUCCUGCUUUCCUAUCAAUUAAUAUUAUAUUCCCCGACACCCGAAGAAACAAUCGGUGUCAUCGUGAUAGGCGACAAAAAUGACUUCCCAGACUCAGAACCAAUUCCACCUCCAGCCCCAGAUCCAGCCCCAGCCCCAGUGCCAACCCCUACACCCUCAUCAGAGCCCUCGGCCGAACCGACCCCCGCAAAGGAACUGAUAUUCGCGGCGAUGGAAGCCAGUAACAUGUCCUGGGUCGACGAGCAUUUAUCCGAUUGGACCGCGAACAUUUAUCGCGCAGAUGCAAGCCAAGGAUUAACCGUGCCAAUUAACAAAGGCAACGAGGCAAUGGUUUACCUGACUUAUAUCAUCGAUCGCUACUGGUCGCUUCCAGACGUGUCGAUCUUCCUGCAUGGCGGCCGAUACCAAUGGCACGUCGAUAACCCGCUGUACGACUCGGUCAUAUCGAUCCGGGAUCUCAAGGCGGAUUUCGUGCUGGAAGCUGGGUAUGUGAGCAUGCGAUGCGCUUGGAGUGUUGGAUGUCCUAGGGAGCUCGAGCCGGCUCGCUAUCUGCGUGAGAGACCUGACGAUAGUCAUCAUCCGGCGGCGAUGGAAUAUCCGGAUCGAUUCAUGGAGCUGUUUCCGCGGGCGGAAGUACCAGAGGAAGUUGGGGCACCGUGCUGUAGUCAGUUUGCUCUGUCGAAGAGUAAGAUCCAUGAGCAGGGCCUGGAGCAUUAUGUUCGGCUGCAGCAGUGGUUGAUGAAUACCGAGUUGAAUUCGGGGAUCAGUGGGCGCAUCUUCGAGUAUUCAUGGCAUAGUGAGUGUCGAUCUGUGUUUUCUCAGGUGUUCCCCGAGCUGACUUUCAUAGUGAUCUUUGGAAAGCCGAAUCAGUACUGUCUUGAUCAGCACGAGUGUUAUUGUCGGACGUAUGGUUAUUGCGAUAUGACCGACGAGGAGAUGCAAAGUCAAUGGACCUGGCGGGGGCUUACUCUGCCAAAGGGAUGGCCGGACCCAAAGCCAGUGCCAGUGCAAGCGCCAGAAGUAGCGCCAGAAGCAGUUCCGGCACCAGAGCCAGUACAGGCAUCAAAAGGGUCAGACGCAGACCCAGGGCCACUUCAAUCAAAGGAAUCGUCUCAAUAG